AUGUUCGAUUAUCCUCCUCCGACUGAAACAAGGUCACCAAGUACCGAUGUGCUAUUCCGACAGGCUCGUUCAACCGUUACCGAACUCUGGAGACUGAGUAAUGCCCAAUUCCCCACCCGCAACCAAACUUCUCCAUCUAAAACCCACUUAAACACUCUCCUAUCUCAUGCUACACUUCAGCUCACGGCGAGGCUGGAUCUGCUCGACAAACUCAGUGGCCGGCGUGAGAGUAGACGUCGGAAGGUGGAUGCAUUGAGCUCAGAACUGCGACACCAAAUUUCGAGCAUACAGAAUCCUCCCGACUGCAGUCAGUCGCCCUUCGCUCUGGCAGAACUGCGUUAUAGUUGCGGAUUUGGAUGUUCUGCUCAUCACAUGGUUCUGAAGUUUUCAUUUGCUUUUGCAACCAAUCGUACACUGCUGCUGCAGCACAAUGACUGGAAGGACUUCUUCAUGCCGUUCUCUAACUGCUCGUUGAAACAGACCGAAGGACUGCCGAAUGUCCCUCGUUUAGAAAACGGACUUCCGAAUAUAAGCACGCGCUAUUAUGCGCCUGCUAUGCCAAGCCAGUGGUCCGAUAAACUAGGUACGACAUUGGGUGAUCCCUUUCCGUGGUACCGUGGCCAUCUGUUGGAGUACAUGCUUCGUCCAAAAGAUCUGGCCGUGCGCCGUGAACUUGAAAUAGAGUUGCAGGGUAUGAAGCAGAUUUCAGACGGACCAAUCGCCAGCAUACACAUACGUCGAACAGAUAAACUCCUUUCUGAGGCUAAGCUGUAUGCAGUAGAGGAGUACAUGUUUCACGUUGAACGUUUCUUUGAGUUAAAGGAGGUGGAAUUUUGCUUGGAAACUGGCAGUACAAGACCACCAUCGUGGUCCCGACGACGACGCGUCUUCUUGGCUUCUGAUGAUGCAUCCGUCUUUUAG